GGGAGUGCGGUGGUGAGAUACGAUGCCAAAGAUAGCCAAAGAGGGAAAGUAUGCUUGUGAAUUCGAAUCAUGGUCAUGCAUGAUGCAUGAUGGCGCUAUCAUUACCUCCUGAUCAUGGCAUCAGUUUGUGCUGACUGUGCACCCUUCGCUCUUCGCUCUUCGCUUUGACCGAUUGCCAACAACCUGCUAUGGCAGCUAACUUCUCUAGUGUCCCAGUCCUCGAUUUUGCUCUCGUGUCUGAUGAUGCGACGAAAUCAGACUUUAUCUUGCAACUCCGCCAUGCGUUGAUCAAUGUCGGAUUCUUGUAUCUCAACAACCACACCGUCUCACAGAAAAUUACCAAUGAUUUAAUUGACUAUAUCCCCCGUCUCUUUGAGCUUCCCCAGGAGGCUAAAAACAAGAUUUUUUAUGGCAAAUUCACCACACUUCCUUGGUUUACCAAAGGCAAGACAGAUUACAGGGAACAAUUCGACUUUGCGACACCUCAUGAGACACAGUGGAAACCCGGCGCCCCUGAGCAUCUGCGCCUGUGGGGACCUUCCCAGGUUGUCAAAUAUCCAGCGAAUGACGGUUCUUUAACCGAUCAAGGCGUACAGAACCUUUCUGGGCAAUGGAUCGACGUUCCUCCCAUUCCAGGAACGUUCGUGGUGAAUAUUGGAAAGGCACUCGAGUUCGUUACCCGCGGAUUAGCGAGAGCCACCUCGCACCGAGUCUUAUCUCCCCCUGUGGAUUCGACUCCUCGCUAUUCUAUUCUUCAACUCAAACAGCUUAGAGGAGAUCCUGUUCAGACUGACUCUGUCAAUUUCUCCGAGUUUGACCGUGAGGCAUCUGGCAAGGUGAACCUCAUCGGGCGGGUGAAGAGUCAUCCGGACGUUGCGCAACGUCACUACCCGGACCUUUUCAAACAAUACUUCCCAAAGGGCGUCCCGAACCAAGUCAGCGCAUAUUGAGCUUGAGAAGACCAUAUCUCUACCCUAGAUAUCGUGUCCGCUAUACUGAAUCUGAUAAGGAAGCUCAACUUUGCAACAGGUGGAUGUUGGCAAACUUGUCUUUUCUUAGAAUGAAGUUGGGAUUUCUUCUGGGCUACCACAACCCUGAGUUUAUUUGUGGGAAAGGGAAGGAAGCUUAAUUUUACGCCCCUUACUUACGGGGCACUUGCGACACGCCUUGCGGGUUGCAAGUCCUUGCAGGCAAAUGGAG